ACAAACAAACAGUUCUCUAUAAACAAAGAGUUUCUGAUAGACUUAAUUGGUAAACUUUAAAUUUAGUUGUAUUCUAAAUUCCAAGUUUGUUCUUCAAAAUGUCUGAACAGUCGAAAUGUGUCAAAAUUUUAGGCCUUAUCCUCGGUCUUAGUUUCUAUGUAGGUGAGGGGCUAAAUUAUUCUCAGCUUGGCCCGUUUUUCCCGACUGAAGCAUCACAUCAUAAAGGCGUUUCAACUACUUUCAUAGGAAUCAUCACCGGCGCAUUUGAUGUCGCGAACUUCAUCGCCGCGUUUGCUUUAGCUUCAUUCAUUCAGCCGAAAAACCAGAAAUUCUUCUUUUGCACCGGGGCUUUAAUUUCGGCUAGUUGCAACGGUCUUUUUGGAAUCAUGGGUUUUAGUGUGGGAGGAACUCCUUUCAUAGUAGUUUGUACCGCAGUUCGUUUUGUAAUGGGAAUUGGAGCCUCAAUGGUAUGGUCUACUGGAGUGCCUCUCCUGGUCCCCAUGUUUCCCCAAUGGGCGGGAAGAAUAACAAGUCUAAUCGAAACUUCGAUCGGUCUCGGUCUGAUGGUUGGACCAUCGGUCGGAAGCGCUUUAUACUCAUUGGGUGGUUACACAACUCCUUUUGUGGUCGCUGCUGCCACUCAAAUAGUCUUCGCUUUUCUGUGUAUUUUGUUCCUUCCGGGAAAACCGCCAAAAAACCAUAAAGCCGACUUGUCUCAAAUGCCGACUGUGGGAUCCGAACACGUAGCCGAAGAAAUGGACCCUCCGGGAUUUAGUUUUGUUUACUUCUCAACCCGGCUAACUACUAUUUGUGCUUGCUUACCUAUUGUUUUUCACGCAUCUUACAUGGGUUUUUUAGACGUUGCCCUGGGUCCUUACUUGCAUGAUGUUUACGGAGUAACUGGUGAAACUUCCGGAUAUUAUUUCCUUGCGUUUUCUGGAGUCUACGCUUUGUCAGCACCCCUUCUCGGAUUUUUAGUUGACAAAGGUCACGCGGGAAGGAUGUAUUUAAUCAGCUGUUUAACAGCCGCUGUCGCUUUCUCUUUUUUGUGGUUACAAUCACAGGUUCCAGAGAUCGAAUCCCGUUGGUGUCUUAUUUUAUGCCUUAUGUUAAUUGGUGUAUCAAAUGCUUCGAGCUUUACUUCAGUCUAUUUGAUUUUUGAAACAGUUGCCUACAAAAUUGGGUUCAAAGUUGAGAGCAAAGUUAAAUUGAUGACUGCCGCUUUACUUAAUGCAUCUUUUGCCAGUGGAAGAAUGAUUGGGCCCAUUUUGAUUGGAGGAUUUUUUAUGGACCAUUUCGGCUAUUAUACAAGUUUCCUGUUAGUUAGCUCAUUACUUUUAUUUUGCACUUUACCCUGUUUUUACGUCUUAUCAUCGCGACAUAUGUUGCAUCGGAUUUAUUAUCCGGAAGAGGGUGGUGAAAAAGAACAUGCCAAUUUGGCAGUCAAAUACGAAUCUUUUGUUGAGAGUGUUUCAUUAAGCGGGAAACAGUCAAUUGAAGGAACUCAAAAUACAUCGCAUCUUUCUUACUCGGCUAAUUUUGUGCACCAAUCAGUUAGAUGUAACCCAAUUUUGUCAAUCAAAUGAAGUUCCACAAUCGAGUUGAAUUAAUUAUUGGAAUUACCGUCGCUCUUAUUUGAUGGCAUAAACCGUAUGGUAGAUGAUAUACGUCUCAAUUUUCACUUUCAAUUGUGCUCAUUUACAAAGUUUUUAUUGAGACACGGGAUAGGAUGACAUUAGAAAAAAUUCAUCUGCAUAAACAAGACAGCUCGUAUCACAGCUAGUAUGUUGUCUUGCAUUUUUUAUUGUUUCGGAAGUUUUUGGCACAAAAAUUGGUUUGGUUUCAAUUAUUUAAGAUAUAUGUUUGACACUUUGACACA